CAACCGAAUAGUUCUGCCUAUAAUUAGGAAAAACUUGAGUGUAUGGAAUUAUAAUCAAAGACAAUCCGUCAUUAAAAUGAAAAUAAAUGCACAGGGAAAUGUUGUUUUAUUGCUUUAAUAUUUAUACUUAGUGGAAAGAUGACCCUUUUAAAAUAUGGAGAACGAAAGUGGAUUAGGAAAGAGCAUUAAGCGAAAUCGACCGACAGCAAAACGCCCGAAAGAUUGGACUGAACAUGAUAACAUACCAGAAAAUGAGACUUCCUCAAAACAGAACACGGAAAAGGCAAAUUUGUGGCAAAAACUUAAAAAUGUCACCAAAGCUAAAUCUAAUGUAGAACACCCCAAAACAGCUAAGGAAGACGCUACAGGCUCAAACCCACCGAGUAGCUGGGAGUCUCUUAUGGACAACAAAUUACAUGAUGUGUCAAACAAGCCCCGCCCUAUGAUUGAUAUUGGUACCCCAAUACGCAAAAAUAGAGAGGAGAGUUCGAUUCCAAAGUCCCAGUCUCAGUGGCAGCAAGCAUUCCGGGCUAUCGCUGAAAUGAAGAGAACAGAAUCGAACCAACCCAAACCGAUGGACUUGAAACAAAUGGACCGGAAGUAUGAACCUAUCACUGUUAAUCAGUCUUCAUCCAGCGAAGAAGGGCGUCCUAAGCCAUUAACAGAAAACACAGAUUUGUUCUGGUUGCCCUCACCACGUGACUCGCGCCCAAACACCCGCCAAUCUCACAUGGAAUUCUGGGGAGCAGAAGACUUCUGUUUUGAGGCAGCGCCCCUUGAUAUCGGGAGUACAGAGGAUGAGCAUUCCUGGAAAAUGUCAUAGAAACAAUGUCAUCGGGAAAUGUCAUGGAAAUAUGUCUGAUGAUUUAAAUUUUAUGAUUUAAAUUAUCUGACACACUCACAAUAUUGACUGAA